AUGACAGAUCAUCACAUUUCAUCCAAAUUUUCCAAGCUCAAUCCCUUCGGCUCCGACGACGAAGACGGAGGGGAGGGCAUUGCCGUCGACUCUGUGGGCGGCGGAGGUCGCAGCACGCGGAAAGCUCACCACGCAAAGCAGCAGCUCAACGUCAGCAAUGCUCUUCGCAAAUACCUUGCCAAGCAGAAAGUCAUUGCAGAGCACGAUGCAGGCAUCGGCUCCAAUGAAACUACUCCUGCCUUGCGCAGCUUGCUGGGCAAAUCUCACUUCGACGUGCCCGAGUCGCUGCUGGACAGGUCCCGCCCCUUGCCAGAAUACUUCAUCAGCUCCAGCCACAACACAUAUCUCAUGGCGCACCAGCUGUACGGGACGUCGUCGGCAUCGGCAUACGAGACUGCCUUGAAGACGGGGUCGCGGUGUGUUGAAAUAGACGCCUGGGAUAACAGCGCGAAUCCUGAGGAACCCAAGGUCACUCACGGUUUCACUCUGGUGUCGCAUAUCUUGUUCAGGCAGGUGUGUGAGACUAUUCGGGAUGUCUUUGACGAGGAAAAGGCCAUUGCGCAAAAGGACCCCUCGUAUGCUGUUGCGCCUAUUUUGCUGUCGCUCGAGAACCAUUGCGGUGAGCAGGGACAGAAGCGACUGGUGGAGAUUAUGAAGGAGGUUCUUGGGGAUCGACUACUUGCUCAGCCGGUAAUACAGAAGGGCCAUCGAGAACAGAGCGGCGAAGAUGAACAUGUGUGUCUGGCUGAUUUGGGCGCCUGUAUUGCUGUCAUUGUCGAGUACGAUCUCAAGGGAGAUGUCGGCGCCGCUGAGGAAUCCGAGAGCGAGUCGCCGUCGGACAAUGAGCAGGAAGGGGAGGAAGCCAAAGCCGCUCGAAAGGCAUACAAGGAGAAGGCAAAAGAAGCUGCUCCCGCCGGUAUCAUCCCCGAACUAGCAGACUUGGGUGUAUACGCCCAGUCUGUGAAACCAGUCGACAACUCCUGGUUCAACCCAGGUACUCUUGUAAACGGGCCGCACCACCACCUCAUCAACGUCUCCGAAUCGGGUCUGUCCUCACACCUCCCCGAUGAAUCCGUCGCCAUCGCUGCCCACAACUCUCAACACCUCAUGCGCGUCUACCCCAAGGGCACACGAAUCUCCUCAUCAAACCUGAAGCCCCUCAAGUUCUGGGCCAUCGGCGCGCAAAUCUGCGCUCUCAAUUGGCAAACAUUUGGCACAAGCAAUCAGCUCAACGACGCGCUGUUCAGCGGCUCAGAGGGCUACAUCCUAAAGCCAGCAGCUCUUCGAAGCGGCGGCGACGGCAGAAUCCUCACUGGCAAGAAAAAAAGACUCCGUUUGCAUGUCGCCGGAGCAACGGAUAUCCCCGUCCACGAAGACCGAGAGGCAGACUCUCUCAGGCCGUACCUGACAUGUAACUUGUACAGUCCAGGCGACAUUGAAGGUGACACAUAUAAGCGCAAGACGACAUCGUAUAAACAUCACAAAUUCAGCAUUCUACAUAGGGGUGACAACCCUCCGGUUACAGAGCCAAUUUGGGAUGAGACACUGGAAUGGGUCUAUGAAGAUAAUGAGUUGGUCUUCCUGCGGAUGCUCAUCAAGAGUGACGAUGCGUGGGCUAGAAACCCCAUGAUUGCGGUGGCCGCUAUUCGGCUACUGUAUGCCGUGCCUGGAUGGAGCUUCAUUCGCAUGAUGGACAUGAAAGGCGGGGAGACUAAGUGUACAAUCCUGGUGAAGAUUGAGAUUGACGACGUUUAA